AUGUUGUGGCCAACUACUUGGAAGGCAUUAGCGGCGCUCUUCUACACUGUAUCUCCUCUCGAGGGGGUAGCAAUUGCCGCUCGAGAAGAGUUUUGGGAAGCAUUCCCAACCCUUUAUUUUGCUGAAGACGUAGCUGCCGAAGUUAUGAUUCAUAUUGGUGAACUUUCUACCAACGAUGAUCUGGCGUUUUCUAAUGCAUGGUCUAACAUUUACCGCCCUCAAUGCGUUGACCUAUGUUCCUUAGUUUUUAAAUAUCGUACGUACAAUACCUCGUCUUUAUGUUCAUGA